UCCCUCGCGGAGGGAUAACGCUGGCUUCUCUCAACGUUCGCGGAAGGAUAUUGGCGCACAGCCCCAGGAACUACCUAUUCUCAGUCCCGCAAAGAAAUACCUGAGCAGCGGAGUCCUGAAAGCCGAUAACGAGCCCGCUUAUGGAAGAAAUACUCCGGCCCAGCGUCACGGCACAAUGGAUUUGGUGGCAGGGAUGGAUGUUGGGGCUGAGAUCGAAGUGACCGAAGAUGGGGCCCUGGAAGAAUUGCCUCUGCAUUUGGAAAAUGCCCAGAAUUGCCUCUGCUGGGAAUCCUUGGACAUCUCCAGCAGCGAUGAUGAUGGGGAAGACCAUUUGACCUUCUUCUUGCCUGUCAGACGGCCCCCACGGCCUGUCCAGCGCCGUCCGGUUCACCGCCCCACAGUCCCUCCAGCCGCUGCUAAAUUGUCUGCUUCUGAGAAAUGGAUCCCUCCCUUGUUCUCUUGCCCGUUGCGCCCUGGAGGUCCUCCCCCUCCCGGAAUACCAGCCUUCGGUGCCUACCAGUGCCAGAAGUGCCUGCAAGUCUUCAUGGAGGAGUGGCACUACACCCAGCACCUCCAGGACCAUGCUCAGGAGGAGGCGGUGGCCCAGCUGCGCACAGCCCAGAACCCAAUCCGUCCCCCAUCCCCACCCCGCAAGCUACGCUGCUUGGAGUGUGGCAAGCGGUUCCUGCGCCCGGAGCAAUUUGCCCGGCACACCAAGUGGCACCUGAAGCUGCUGCGCCUGGGCAUCAAAGUCCACCACAGGAAGGGAAGUCGGUGGUCCUCCCAAGUCUCUUAUGUUUACAAGCCUCUGGGUGGCACUAGGAACCCCUUAGCAGGAAAAGAUGCCUCUGACUUUCCAGUCAUACAGGAGCUUGCCAGCCAGCCAGCCAGCCUGCAGGUUCCCAGGCCUCCAAGGACAGGCAAGCGCAAAGCCAUCAAGCGCCAGAAAAGGACAAGUGCUGAGAUGUGGCAGCAUCGGGAUCUGCUCGGCUCCACCCAGUCCGGGAACUCCCUGGCCGUCCUAGAUGGGGCCACCGGGAUCAACCUUCUGCAGCCUUGGCAGAAGCAGGAGGCUGUCCUGGAAGGCCAAGUGGCCGGGGGUCUUUUCCAGCCAGCGGUCAUGAACGCCGAAAACCAGAUCAUCAUUCUGGACGGCGACGAGGCAGAGGCUGUGCCCAUGGCGUCAGAGCGGCAUUACGCCGAGCUGCAGGCAACCGUAUUUGACAGCCAGGGGAGCGUGAACACCGUGCAACCUGUGUUCCUAAGAACCGAAGAGCAGGCGGCCAUUCUGGAUACUCCGGUUAGCGUGAAUACUCUGCAGGUUGGUGGAGUGAAGGACCAGGCGACCAUUGGCCCAGGGUGGGUUGGCCAGAAUCCUUGCACUGUUUACCGGACAGUGCUGCUCCAGGCGGAGGAGCAGCCGGCUCUCGUGGACGGCCAGGCGGAGUCCAGUCCCUUCCAGCAAGUGAUCAUUAAGACGUCCGAGGACUCACCCACACUCUACUUGGAUCCGGACCCUCAGAUUUCUUCUCUGGACCCAACUGCCUUCCAUUUGGUUCCGGAGCCUCAGUAUGUAACCUUCCCUUAUGGGAAUUCCUUGCCUCUGGACCACAGCGAGGCCACAGAUGAAGGAGAAAAGGCUUGGGAGUCGCAGGCGGCGAGCUUCCACUUCCCAGGUUAUUUGCCCAAUUUGUACCAGCCGAGCAAGCAGCCCCCUCUUGCGGCGACCACCGGCCCCAAAAGUCCUGUGGUGGUGCGGCUGCUGCCUUGCACUACAGGGGACCAUCCCGAGGUCUUAGACCUGGAGUACGAUACCGGGGGCGGCAUUCCGGUAGCCUCCGAGCCAUGGGACGCAAACUGGCAGGCGGGGCAAGAGAGCGCCAGUCCCAGGGAGGUGGCAGAAGACAGCUUCGUCGUGGUGGAAAUGGAGGGCGGGCCUGGCCAUUGCGGCUUGGCAGCAGGCGAGCGUCACGCCCCCCCCAGGCGACGGACCUCUCGGCACACCCAAAAGCCGCCCCGCCGAAGCAGCAGCAUCUGGCGCUUUAAGUGCCCCGACUGUGGGGUGCGCUACAGCCGGCUCUCCCAGCUCCGCUCACACCAAAGGGGGCAGAAACGCCGGGGACGGAGCUUCCUGUGCGAAUGCGGGUCCCCCUUCCGCGGCCUGCUUCACCUCCUGCGCCACCAGCUCCAGCACCUGGAGCAAGCCCUCUUCAUUUGCGCAGCCUGUGGGAAGUCACUCAGAGGGCACCUGGGCUUGGAGAGACACAACUCCUGCCAUCCCGGCCUGGCCCGCUUCAGCUGCCCUUGUGGCGCCAGCUUCCGACGCUUGUCCCGUUACCUCUGGCAUCACGUCAGAAGCCAGCGGCCGGGGUUGCGGGUGUACACGCUCGCAGGUUUCCUGUCCUCCACCUGAGCUGGGUGGGCCGGUGGGGCUGGCUCAAGGAGGGGUGGGAGGGGCCUCUCUUUCAAGGGAAGAUUGGUCAGCCCGUUCGCUGAUGGUCACUGUCUGAUGUUUGUUUUGUUUCUCCCGAUGUAAUUAUGAGGAUGUUAAUUAAACAACCGAGAUCCUGA